CGUGAUGAGAUCGUGCAGCUUUUCGGUGCACUCGGUCACGUGCUUCCCCCCAUCCAUUCUCCACCAGCCCUCUGCCCUCUCCUUUCCCUACCCCCGGCUCCAUUUCGGCCCAAGUCGCGCCAUACACACACGCACGUGCUGAAAAGGACGGUGCUCGAUUGCAUCAGCCUUUUCAGAACCCGCACCCUCGGCCUCAUCACACAGUGAUGCGCCGCCUCUCCGUGGCGAGCAUCUUCCUCCGUUCGUGCUACUCCAUCAGCAUCCGCCCCGAUGUUGGGGACGACUACGACCCCGAUGUCGGGUGCAGAGACGCAGCCCCCGGCGAAUGGUGCCACGCCGUCGUGAUGUGGGCCAAGGAGAUCGGCUUCGAGCAGCGCCCGGGCUGGCUGCCAGGCGGGGCCGUCCCGCACCGGGCCCGGGAGCUCCAGGCGCUCCUGCACCGGCACGGCGAGGCCGGGUGCCCGCGGCCCUGCCCCCAGGACCGGGCGGGCCGGACGCCCGCGUUGUCGCUCCUCCAGCUCCAGAGCUCCGCGGCCCAGGCCAUGAGCUCCAUGAGUGCCGCGGCCCAGGCCCAGACUAUGAGCUCCAUGAGCUCCGCGGCACAGGCCAUGGGCUCCAUGAGCUCCGCGGCCCAGGCUGUAAGCUCCAGGAGCCGUGCGGCACAGACCAUGAGAAUGAGCUCCAAGGCUCGGAGCACUCUCGGCCUGAACCACGCGCUCUUCCAGGCUGUGAUGGAAAGAAGCCUGCAGCCGAAGGCCCUGCGCGAGAGCGAGGCCCGCAAGAGGGGGUGCCAGGACGCGGAACCUGGCGGCCUGUGCUACCAGGCGGCGUCAUGGCUUCACGACAGGGGAUUGGAGAGCCACCCCACGUGGUUCCCGUCGCUCAGUCCGGACUCCACCAUGCAGGAGGUGCAGUCUGUUUUGUACACCCUCGGCAAGGCGACCUGCCCGAGGCCAUGCCAGUCCAAAAUUGCAACGCGGCGGGCGCAGUCAGACGACGACAGAGUGCUGGAAGUCGAUGACAGCGGCCGGCAGGUGUUGAGCGAGGCAUACGAGCUCUCGGAACCCACAGACUGCGGCAACACUGUCGAGGGCGAUUGGUGCUACGUCUCCAUCAUGUGGCUGAAGGACACGGGUCUGGACAAGCAUUCUGAUUGGUACCCCACGCUCACCCACCAGUCCAGUAUGGAGGCCUUCCAGACCGUGCUUCACAAUCAAGGCAAGGUUGGCUGUCCGCUCCCCUGCUCGUCGAACUCCACUGCACCAGAGCUGAACGAGGCGCUGGUGCCGUCGGAUCCUGGGGCCGCGGUGAGCGAUUCCGCCUUGAGGUACGAAGCCGAGUCCGCCGAGUGCGAGGACGCGGAGGAGGGCUCGCAAUGCCAUAAGGCGAUCUCGCGCGUCAUGGACGUGGGCCUCUGGCUGCACCCGGAGGAGUACCCGGAGCUCGCUGCGGACUGCACCCGCCAGGAGAUUCAGGAGCAUUUGUAUCUGCGCAGAAAGUACGGGUGCGGCAGGCCUUGCCCCGAGGAGAAGAUUUUGAGACAUCAUAAUGAGGAUUUGACGGUAAAGGCUAGAAGGCGUGUCAAGAAGAGUGUGGAGGAGAUGACAGUGGAGGAGCUCCAGAUGUACCUCAGUCAUGCUUGGGACGGCCUCGUCAACGCCGACGAGUACGAGGAGGAGAAGAAGGAGAUCGAAGGCGCCGCCUCCAAGAACGCGCAGCCUCACAUCAGGGCCAGGAAGGGCAAGCACGCCAGGGGCGCCAACUCCGCCGCCACCGCCGCCGCGGACGACACCUCCGCCACCCCGACCACCACGAGCGAGUCGGUCGCGAAGAGCCGUGCCCCCGCGGAGGGCAUCGCCGCUGAGAAAGCCCUGGAGCCCGCGGCCGACGACAGCGCAGCCGUCGCGGAGCCACGACGGAGCAGACCCGACGCGCGGCGGGAGGAGAAGGCCGAGGCCGACGCUACUGUGAAGGAGCCGGCGCUGCAGUUCUCUACAGUGGCCCCUGCUGCGCGGGCCCCCUCAACCGCCGCCGAGCUGGCGCGCGCGCCCGAGCGGGGCGGCACAGCGGCCGACGCCGACCUCGCCGCGGAGGCGAAGGAGCUGUGGCGGCCCCUGGGGCCGGGCGUCGAGCAGUCGCUGUUGGCGGGUUCCGGCCCGCGUGAGGGCCUCGAGGCCAGCGCGGAGGAGCUGCGGCAGCCCGGCGGGGGCGGAGCAUGCGGCGGAGGACCCCACCUCGGAUGAGAUUUUGGCCGUGGCCGCGCACGGCUGGGCGGCAUGCCGAGCAUCUUUGGGCACGGCUCGCGCCCACCACGUCGACGCCGGCCUCCAGCGUGCUCUUCUGAGAGUUGGUCGUGGUCCUCCGUCUCCUUCUCCUCCCCGUCCUCGUCCUUGUCCUAUGUCUGUGUCUACCUACCUGUCCUUCCGCCUCCGUCUGCCGCAGAGGCUGGGUCCACAUUGAUGCGGGUGGUUGCCUCUGCCAGCACUUGGCGUAGCCCAGCCCGCAACCAGACUACGCGAUGCGUAUCUGCUGGAUUUAACAAAUUGGUAGGCAGCGCCCUCAUCCUCCGCACCAUCUUCCUCCUCUUUCCUACUCCCUCCUCCUCCUCCUCCUCCUC